AUAUUCAAUGUUAUUUUACUAUUUUACAAAGAAUUGCAGGCAGAGAAGAGUAUUAUGCCACUUAUGUAUCGCUUCACUGGACUCAGAUCCGUGAUAUAAGUCUUUCGGAUUUUAUUUUUAUAUGCUAUGAAUGGUGAAGUCACUUAUAUACCACCAAUAUUCUAGUCCACAGGACUUGUUGAUUUCACUUGCUUCUAACUGGUAAUACGUUUUCAAAUAUAUGCACAAACUGAGUUAGUAAGCCCAAUUGUGUAAUCAGUAGUACUACCUGCAGUACCAGAGGCGAUUUGUGUUACAUACCGGUAGCUCCGCCGGACAAUGAUGAGGUUCUCUAAGGUUAAAAUUAUUGCUAUUACAACGCUGGUAGCUGCCAUUAUUACUAGAGAAGUUCAUUCUUUAACAUCGUACAAGAGGAUAUGCUACUACACUAAUUGGGCGCAGUACCGCCAAGGAAAUGGCAAGUUUACUCCCGAGGAUAUUGACCCGUUUAUUUGCACGCAUAUUGUCUACGCAUAUGCGUCUAUGAACGACCAAUACGAACUGAUCCCCACGGAAUGGAAUGAUGAGGAUACUAAAUGGUCCCAAGGAAUGUAUUCGAAAGUGAAUGCAUUAAAAGAAGUAAACUCAGACCUAAAAGUCAUCUUAUCGGUUGGUGGCUGGUCGUUCAGCGUUCACAAAUUUUCAGCAAUGGCUUCUACGUCUGUUAAUCGGGCACACUUUAUUUCCACAACUGUAUCAUAUCUACGGGAGAGAAAUUUCGACGGAAUUGACUUAGAUUGGAAAUUCUCGAAUCCAUCAGUUGAUAAACAAUUGUUUACAAUACUUGUACAGGAAUUAAGCCAAGCGUUUGAUGCAGAAUACGAUGUAAGCAAUGAAAAACUACUGCUUUCAGCAGCAGUAUCAGCCACCGAUCACAUCUGGUACGAAAUUGAAGAAAUCGCACUCCACCUAGAUUGGUUAGGAUUGAAGUCCUAUGAUCUACAUGGUCAUUGGGAACUCCAAACCGGUCACCAUAGCGCACUGUAUGCACCAUUAAAUCAAGAUCCAACUUCAACUGUGUCUCACACAGCGACAUUGUGGAAAAAUGGAGGUAUUCCAGCAGAUAAAUUAAUAAUCGGUAUCGGUACGUAUGGACGAACAUUUACAAUAUCUACUUCAGCAUCAGGUAUCGGUGCACCAGUGUCCGGAGCUGGUAAUGCUGGAACUUACACUGCAUCAGCAGGCCUUAUGUCGUACUAUGAAAUAUGCGAUAUGCUAAAAUCGGGUGGCUCUGUCAUACACAAUCAACACCUACAAUCACCAUACGCUUAUAGUGGAAAUCAAUGGGUCGGGUAUGAUGAUACAAAUAGUAUAGCUACAAAGACAAAAUGGAUAAAAUACAAUGGUUAUGGUGGUGUUAUGGUGUGGACGAUUGAUCUUGAUGACUUCAGCAACACUCACUGUAAUGAAGGGCCUUACCCAUUACUAAGCGCUAUCAAACUAGGCUUGGAAAGUGAAGACAGUGAAUCUCAACUAAAAGAUGAAGAAACUGUAUCAUCGUACAAAAGAAUAUGUUAUUACACUAACUGGGCACAGUUUCGUAAAGGAAAUGGCAGGUUCACUCCCGAGGAUAUUGACCCGUUUAUUUGUACGCAUGUCGUCUACGCAUUUGCUUCUAUAAACGACCAAUACGAACUGACUCCUAACGAAUGGAAUGAUAAAGAUACUGAAUGGUCUCAAGGAAUGUAUUCUAGGGUAAACGCACUGAAGGAAGCGAACGCCGAUUUAAAGGUUGUGUUAUCGGUUGGUGGCUGGUCCUUUGGUGUUGAACAGUUUUCAGCGAUGGUUUCUACAUCCGUCAACCGGGCACAUUUUAUUUCCACAUCCAUAAUAUAUCUACGAGAAUGGCAUUUCGACGGGCUUGACAUAGACUGGGAAUACCCAGCUGCAGACGGAAGUCCACCAGUUGAUAAAGAUCGCUUUACUUUACUGAUACAGGAGCUUCGUCAAGCAUUUAAUGCGGAAUACGAUGGGAUACGAGACAGAUUAUUGCUUUCAGCAGCUGUAUCAGCGAAAGAAGAAGUUGUUAGAAAUGGGUACAAAAUGAAAGAAAUUUCAAAGCACCUAGAUUGGUUGGGACUUAUGUCGUACGAUCUACACGGUAGUUGGGAAUCUUUGGCCGGUCACCAUAGCGCCCUUUAUGCAACAUCAAAUCAAGAUCAAACUUUAACUGUGUCAUAUGCAGCGUCAUUUUGGACAAAUGGUGGGGCUCCAAAUAAUAAAUUAAUGAUUGGUAUCGCUACAUACGGACGAACCUUUACAUUAUCUACCUCAGAAUCAGGAAUUGGGGCACCGGUGAUUGGCGCUGGUAAGGCAGCACCGUACACUGAAUCAGCAGGCCUUAUGUCUUACUAUGAGAUUUGUGAUAUGCUUCAUGUGGGUGGUUCUAUCAUACACGAUGAAGACAUACAGUCUCCAUAUGCUUAUAGUGGAAAUCAAUGGGUCAGCUAUGAUGAUAGAGAAAGUAUAGCUAUAAAGACACAAUGGAUAAAGGACAACGGUUAUGGUGGUGUUAUCGUGUGGGCAAUUGAUUUUGAUGACUUCAGGAACACUCACUGCAAUGAAGGACCAUACCCCCUGCUAAAUGCUAUCAAACUAGGCUUGGAAAGCGACAAAGCUAUCUUCAACCAUACCAAGGAACCGACCUUGUCAGAAAUAACAGAGAAAGAAGUGAUUAAACAGUCAGAGCCAACAGUUUCUAAUGAAAUAGUGACCAGUCCCAUCGGCGGAUCAGCUGCUACUACAUAUGACAUACUUGAGACAGAGUAUUCCCAACAUCUGUUGACAGAAGAACAAGCUGGACAAGACACACUGACGGACCCACCCAUGAACUUAAAAAACGAACAAACAACUCAACCUCUAGAUUCGACAGUACCAGCCACUGAUGUGACCAACCCCACUGUUAGAUUAACUGCUAGAGUAUCGGACAGGCUUCAGACAGAGUUGGCACAGCGUCUGCUAACAGGCGAACGAAUUGGACAACACGCACUGACGGACCCACUAAUGAAGACAGAAGAAGAACAGACAACCCAGCCUCUGACUUCAACCAUGGGUAAGUCUACGACUUACAUAAAAUAAAUAAAAUGACUACUGAAAAAGGGACAUCUUAAAGACAACAUGUAAAAGGAUUGGCCAACAGAUUAAUAAAUUAGAAUAAUUAUACAGGCACUGAUGACACAAUGGCCAACCCCACUGUUAGAUCAACUGUUAUAGUAUCUGACAUGCUUCAGACAAAGAGAACAGAACGUCUACUGACAGAGAAACAGACUGGACAAGAUGCACUGACGGCAGGGGUGGCGUCAGCGGGGAGGGGGAAUGUUGCCAGGGUUCCCCGUCGGAGAGAAAAACCACAAUUCGUUGGGGAGAAUAAAAAAUUAUAUGUAUUUUUUACAUAUUGGUAGACUCUAAAAUCGAUUAAAUAAGCUUUAAAACUCCUAGAUUGUCAACCCC